GUUUGGAAGAGAGGAGGGACAAUACCAGCCCACCCUGAUUCAAAGUAAAGUGUGAAUGUCCUUUUAUUGGCCUGAGGAGAUGUCCUGUUGUCUUCGUUGAACAUGAGGUCCAAAUCAACACUGGGUCAUCAGAGAUACUGAGCCAACACAAUCAAGGACUUCCAAGCUCCUGAUUGAAAACGAUUUACAAAAAAAAAAAACUUUGUUUCAUUUCCUAUACUUUUUGUUGGUCAAUCCCAAAGGUUAAAUUUAGGAAUAUGUCUGCUGCAUAAACCUAUCAAUUAUUGACAUAUUUCAGUUCACCAGUUCAACCGUCUCAAUGGCGUUUUUAAUGAAAAAGAAGAGGUUUAAGUUUCAAAUCCAUUUUACAUUGGAGGAGCUCACAGCCGUGCCGUUUGUCAACGUGGUACUUUUCUGCAAGAUCCGAUUGUUGGACGGUGGGGACUUUGCCGUCUCAUCAUCCAGGGAGGAGGUUCAGCAGAACUGUGUUCGUUGGAAAAAGAAGUUCUCCUUCGUCUGUAAAAUGAGUGCCAAUCCUACCACUGGAGUCCUGGACCGAUGCAUCUGCAGGGUUUCUGUACGCAAGGAGCUUAAAGGAGGAAAGACGUUUUCAAAGCUGGGCUUUGCUGACCUCAACAUGGCGGAGUUUGCUGGCUCAGGCUCCACCGUGCACUGCUGUAUUCUCGAGGGCUACGACACCAAGAACACUCGACAGGAUAACUCCAUUCUCAAGGUUACUAUUGGAUUCACACUUUUGUCAGGAGAUCCCUGCUUUAAAACGCCCCCCAGCACUGCCAAGUCCGUCUCUAUCCCGGGCCAGGACCCCUCCCUGCAGCUGGACUGUAAGGGCGAGGGCACCGAUGCCAACUAUAACCCUCCCCCAGGGGGCGUCACCAGGACAUCAUCAGGACGGCCCCUCAAACCCAGACUCCCCUCAGCUCCCAUCAACUCUGGUCUACCUAGGGAGCAGUUGGAGCAGAACCUGUCCAGCCCAGAUGAAGUGUUUCACGCAGGACACUCCCGGAACUCCAGCUACGCCAGCCAGCAGAGCAAGAUAUCAGGCUACAGCAUGGAACACUCUCGCUCCUCCAGCUUGACAGACCUCACCCACCGCCGCAAUGCCUCAACCAGCAGCAGUACCUCCGGGAGCCUGGGCACCCCUACCCAGACCCCCCACGUCUUCGCCCACCGCCUCGCAGCAGACCCCCAGACACCAGGAGAGCCAGGCACCAAGCCUGAGAGACCCAUACGGCCCCUACGCCCUGUCCUGCUCUCCAAUAGACCCUCCAGGAGGAAGAAGGACUCUGUGGAAAGCCACCCCACCUGGGUGGACGACACGCGCAUCGACGCCGACGACAUUGUGGACAAGAUCAUCCAGAGCCAGAACUUUGCUGAUGUCAACAACCACAAAGAAGACAGCAACCUCAGAUUGUUUGUCAGCAAAGAUGGGACUACAGCCCUGAGUGGGACACAGCUGGGAAACAGGGUGAUUGCUGGUGCCUUUGAGCCAGUAGUGAUCGAGAGCCACUAACGAUGAAGAUGGAUGGAUGUCAAAUCACUCUACCCCCCCUCCCUCCGUCUCACUCAUUCUCUCAGCUGGUGGGCAAAGGGUACAUGAGGGACACUGAAGACAACUCCACUGUUUUGAACUGUUUUGUGUGUGUGUGUGUGUAUGUGUGUGUGUGUGUGUGCACAAAUGCACAUACGACUGGCUUCCUUUUGAUAUACACCACUUCAACAAACACCACUAUACAACAGGCAUUUAAGCAGAUAUUUAAGGUGAUGUAGGUGGGAGGUGUGACGUAUGAAUAAUCCAUUAAUGUAGAAAAGCUUUUAAAUCGAUGCUUUCAUCUGGGGGACCGUAGGUGUAAAGUGUGCAAAGUGCUUGAUAGAGAGAGAAAUGGAAAACAAUCGCAUCGUGGAAAUUGUAGUGCAACACUGAAAAUCAGGAAAUGGCAUUGGAGUCAAAUGUGGCUGCCUCAAGUUGGAACAUUAUGGUUUACCCUAUGUGUAUAAUUUUGUGUAUCAAUUCAAGUGAGGGGAGUGUGCUAAAACCAAGAAAGAUGUGGAUAAAUUGAACAGACCAUUUGAACUAGGCUUCAAUGGGUGGUUUUCAAUGUGAAAUGUUCUAUUUUCGAUGAACCCCUUGCAAUCCUCAGAUUCCAGAACAACAGUACUAGACCUGGGGUCAAAGUUACUGUAUAGCCCAAAUAACCCAUGUUAUAGAAUUAUAAAGUUAUAGAAUGUUAUAGAAUAUAUGCAUAUAAAUAUGUAAUAUCACAAUAGAUAAUGUUUAUAUACGGACCUGAGAACGAGAAAUGUGUGCACAUAUGGCUGGCCAUAUGCAACUGUACAUACUGCCAUUGUCUAUGUGUGAUUCAUCAAUUACUCUCGGUAAAUGCAGGUAGGGUUGGUAAUUGAUUAGUCUACGCCCUUGGUCUUCUCCUCCCUUGGGUCUUUUAUAUAGUCUGCUUUACGUCCUUAAAGUAAAAUACUAUCCUGAAGUUCACCAGCUGGCUUGGUGACUAUACUGUAAAAGUAGGAAAAUCAGACUCAACUUUUCUUGGUUCCUCUAUUUUUGUUGUUAGUCAUGUGUCUGUCUUAGGAUAUAUGGAUGGUGGGUUUCCCUGUACUGUUUUGUCCCUGGCCUGUCACUCAUCUGUCAUGUACGUCAGACCUAAUUGAUUUGAGUCACCACGCCCAUGGCAUCAGUCCCUGUUCUCAAGGACAGGAGCUGUCCGUUACCAGGUUUCUGGGAUGAUUAUAAAACUUCUUGAGCUGCUAAAAAGCACUUUUGGAUCGGUGUUCUAAACAAACCAAUGUUUACAGUGUGACGCAUAUUAUUUCAAACUUGCUUUCUCGCUACAAGGGAAGAGUAUUGUUUUUUUUAAACCUGGUUACUGAUUUUGAUUGAAUUGGGGCCCAUAAUAUGUUGUUAAGUUACUGAAGUGGGGUACUAAAGUUAGCCAGCUAACUUCACAAUCCUUCUUUGUGAAAUACUUUCGAUGUGGCCUUGGCUAUAUGAGCUGUCCAACGGUUGCCGUUCCACUUAAGUCGCAAUAUCACCCGAGAUGUUGCCUCGUUAUCAAGCGAAAUCAACUUACAAGUGAAUAAGGGCUCUAAUGACACAACUGACAGUAUCUGGUCAUCUUCUCCAAAAUGACCAAGCUAUUCUAUUUCCUGAGGGGAAAUGUAAUUUCAUUUCUGUCGCCCCCGGAUUUUGAAUGUGUCAGAAGAACAUUGCAUUGUAGGUAUGGUGUAGUCAGAGCCAAUCAGAGCCAAUGAGUCAGUCUCAUACAGCUGCCCCAUGUGGCACAAUGCACCUGGUGUGCACUGGCUAACAAUGGAGGGUUUUCAGAAGAAGCUCCACCCUCAUCCCCAAAUGACAAUGUCCUUUUGUAUGCGUGCUUGUGCCUGUGUGCCUGCGCACGUCUUUGCGAGGGACGGAGAGGGAACGAGAAUGUGUGAGUUUGUGUGUAAACGUCUGCAUAUUGUGCGCGUGUAUGUCCGUGUGUGCAUGUGUGCGUCUGCCUGUGCACGCGUGUUCGUGCAUGUGUGUAUGUCUGUGCUGCAAAUGUAUGUGCGUGUGCAAGUCGAAUUGUUUAUGUGUGCUGAGAUCAAAACAGCUUGCCACUCGCCUGUCUUACGGUUCUUGACCCCUGAGUAUCCUUUCAGUUGACCUGAGUCCUCAGCAGGAAAACGGACCUAUUACUUAGCCUGUCUUUUCGCCUUUAGUCUGCUCAUGUAAAAUGUCUUUCAAAGGAAAAAGUGAUCAUGGGCUUUUAUCUACACACAUGUAGCCUCAACAUACUGUAUCUUCCUAACAAGGAUGUGUUUUAUUUACACCAUGCCAGACAUUCAUAGCAUACUGAGAUUUGACAUUCAGAGGCAUAGAGAGAAAAUGUCCAAAAUCCUGGCCCUUGAAAAAUAAAAUUGGUAUUUUUGUGCUGUUGCAAUGUGCUUUUGUUUUUGUUUCACUUUCCAAUGUGCAUCAUUGUCGUUGUAGAUGUUGCUGUGCAUACCGUAUGGGUGUACUCUGUGUCCUUGAGAAAAAGGAAACAUUAAAUGCAUAAGCUAAAACUCCUCUGACAUGAAUACACACGCAUGGGAAAAUGUUAACGACACAGACAUUCUUCGUAGCUUUAUUAUAAUAAAUGUGUCAAAUUGAUGUGGACCAUUCACCUCUAUUUCAUUAACUUGAUAUGAGUAAGACACUGAAUCUGUGUAUUUUAACAGGGGCUUUUACAGCAAAACGACUAUCUUUCACUCUGCCUCUCAUUACAUUACACUGUCUCUUAGUAGUAUAAUAAUUAUUUGUAUUAAUGAUAAACUGAUAAUAGUUCUAAUGUCAAACACUUAAUUCAUAUUUUAGUUUUUUGUAUUUCCAAACCAGCUGGCUGGUUUACUUUGUGCUCUCUCUUCUUUGUAACACGAAAAAAAAUUGUAUACAAUUUACAAACAUUUUUUGGUCUACUCUAGAGUUAAAAUAAUUGAUGUUUCUGAUUCUCCUGCUACUGAUUUUAUGUGUACAAGAGGGCUUGUUGUAUAAUCCUUGUAUUGUUUGGGUUCUGUUUUCCUACGUACUUGACUGUUUGUAACCAGAGUAGAACCAUGUUAACAUGAGGUUCUGCUGCCAUGAAUGGAGCGCCAAGGAUUUUAUCCUGCAUAUUUGAAAUAUGAAUGCAUCAACACAGGGUGAGAUUUCUCUGGUGCAACACACCAUCAAAUAUUUGUCAUUGCAUUUUAAAUCAACCAGAAUAUCCACCCCAUGUUGUGGGUUGAAGAACUUGCUACAGUAGGUAGAGGAUGGCAGUCAACACUGAGAUUGCUCUCUGGAAGAUAGAGGGGGAGUACUGUAAAUCACUUUCAUGGUUCAAAAACUCACAUGGGCCGUUCCUAAGGCUCAUCAGCUCAGUAGGUAGAGUAACCAUGCUUGAAUGGGGACCAGAUAUGCUAUUCCUAGAUUCAUAACAGCACAUAGGUCUGGGCAACUAUCUUGACCUAACAUUUCACCUAUUUUAAUUAUUUAACCUUCAUUUUAUACCUCUUAUUUUGUCAUCUUUGUAAAUUGAUUUUAAAGCUAUGCACACGAGUCCAAGACUCUGAGGGUCCACCCAAACUCAUGACCUUGAUUAAGAUUAAAGAUGAGAUUUUUCUUUUAAUGAUUUAAAAAUCAACAUUUCAUGAAUUUAUAUCAAUAGACGACUAUUGAAAUGACAAUUUUUCAGAUUUUCCAGAGUUAUUGUGAGAUAUUUAUUUUACACACACACUUACAGGCAUUGCUCCAAAGUUUUCUCAUCUUAAUUUUUUCUCCUAAAAUGUAUUUAUUCUAUUACUUUAAACUCACAUGUGGAGGUACACUGUUACAUGAUGAAUUGGAACUAUAUUUCUACACACUAUUCUAAUGUUUCCUAUUUUAGAUUGUAAAUGUCUACAGUGUAAAUGUCAGUGUAAAUGUCAUAUUUUGUGGAAAUAAAACUAUUGUUGGGCAUCUGAAAAA